AGCUCAAAUCUGUCUACUCCCCCGAGCUGUUGGGGAUAGGAAAGAAAAGAAACAUGACGGUGAAGGAGGUCAUCAUGAUCUUCCCCAUGUGGGAGUUGGUGAUGUUUGUCUCGGCGUAUGUGCCCCACAUCAUCGCUUGCCUCAUCAUUCUGGCCACCAUGGUGCGCAAGCCAUUCAGAUGGCUCAUCCUCAUCCUGCCGAUCCUGGUGUUCGGCAGCUUGUGCAGCCUGGCUGUCAUGGAGUCCCGUUGGCACGCCGAGGCAGAGGGCUAUGAUAUGGCGAUGCCCUCUUUGCGAGAAGCUCUUGAGGACUACAUCAACAGCGGCAAAGGUUCCGUAGAAGUGAUACUGGAGGGCAAGUUGUACCCCCCUGUCUUCGGGAAGAUCGAGCUGAUGCGCUACCUGAAGACCUGGCUCGGGAAGAGCGUCUUCCAUGACACGGAUCAGGAUGCGGACUACCUGCCGGAGGCCUACAACAAGGGCGAUGAUUGGUUCGAGGCGACCCUCGGUGGGCCCAUGGUCUACACCGGCGCCCUCUACGCAGGCGACAAUGAGACCUUAUGGACUGCCCAGCAGAAGAAGCUGGAGUACAUCGCUCACUCCCUAGGAGUGAAACCUGGUGACAAGGCUCUCGAGAUCGGCUGCGGUUGGGGCCGUCUCUCAAACUACUUGGCGAGCAAAGGCGCCAAGGUCACAGGUGUCACCAUGUCCUCGGAUCAGCAGGCCUACGCCCGCCGGAUGAGUCAGUCUCUGGGCAACGACGUAGACAUUCUGCUGACAAACUUCUUCGACUUGAAUCUGCCGGACAAGUCCUUCAAUGUUAUCUCCUCGGUGGAAAUGGCCGAGCACGUUGGCAUUCGGAACUACAACAAGUUCCUCCGCAAGGUACACCAACUUCUUGCCGAUGAUGGAACAUUCUACCUUCAGGUCGCGGGUCUUCCUCGCGGCUACGCAACAGGCUACAAUCACUACGAGGACCUGGUGUGGGGCCUUUUCAUGGACGAGCACGUCUUUCCCGGCGCCGACGCCUCCUGCCCAAUGGGCUGGGUGGUGACCCACCUGGAGCAAGCCGGAUUCGAGGUCCAGAGCGUCCACAACAUGGGAUAUCACUACUCGAAGACCUUGGCGGCCUGGCUGAAAAACUGGGAGGCCAGCAAGGAGACCAUCGUCAAGACCUAUGGUGAACGCUCCUUCAGGCGCUGGCAGGUCUUCCUGGCCUGGUCGGUGCGGAUCUCCCGGAGGGGCGGCAGCACCGUGCAGUUUAUCACCGCCACCAAGAGCGGCCAGGAAGCCGCCCGGAUCGCGGCCCAGAACCGGCUGGCCCCGGGCAUGUUUCAGCUGCCGGAGCCCACGUCGCUGCCGUCAAGGUGAUCCGGAGGUCUACAAGGGCUGCAAGGUGGACUACUCCGGACGUGCUUCCUUUCCCCGAUUGGGUACCGAGUUUCCAGAAAUAAACACCAAUUGCCCGACCGUAC